UGAAUCAACUGAUAAAUCUGACAUUUAUUUAAAAUUUUAUAUGCAUUUUAUUUAAAUUAGUUCAAUAGCUUAUCAGAUUUACCAGCCUUAGUUUUUGAAAAUAUUGUAAUUAGGAAUUGGUACCCCAAUUGAUUUUUUGAAAUUUUCUGCUGAUUGCAGAAGUAUUUUUACUGAAGAAUUUUUACCUCAUGCAUAUGGUAGAAUCAUUUGGUCAUAGAUAAUAUCAGUAAGCUAUUUCCUGUUGCUAACUACUAUUUACUAUUUCUU